GAAGCAGCCCACUCAACGGCGCCUGCCUGCUUCAGACACGCGCCACCCUUCGCCGGCACUGGCGGCUACCAUCAUCAAUUCUCUGUACACGUUGGCUUGAAGCUCCAACCGCCAUGGCAUGGCCGCGCCCAUCUGAUGACUCGCGAGCCGUUCCCAAAAUCAGAGCGCGCACAGGGCGGCACGCCGGUCGAGGCACCCAUGGUGUAUUCCUGGACGAGAUUGUGUGCUGAAGGAUGACGAGGAAGAUAGUUUGGGUAGCCACACCCGGUGGGUGGAGUGGCGAAUUGAAGUUCGAGAAGGAGAUUGAUCUGCCAAUAAGUGGUUCUUGUGAGUUGUGAGUCUUUUCCUCUGCAAGAUGGAAAUACAGGUUUCGGAAUUCAGGGUUCGUCGGCCUGAGGAAAAUAGAGGUUGUGGUUUCAGAUGGAACUCCUGCUCUCCCAGGAGGGAUCAGAACAGAUCAGAAUGCAACAGCAAUUGCAAUUGCAAUGCACCUAUCUGAUUAUGAAGCAUGGUACAUCUGCAACCAUGGGAUCUAGCAUGAACAUUAAUUGGAUAGGUACAUGGGAUGGGAUCUUGGCCCUGUGUUGAUCAAUCCCAUGGCUUGGAAACUAGUGAGAAGAAUACACACUCUGUCCAACUUCUGGAAGAUCACUAGUUUUGUGAGAAGUGCUUACAGGGAUCUUUUUCUUCCUUGGGCUACGACGAUCGAUGCCCAUUGUUGACGUCAGAAUGGUCAGAGCUCGUUGCGCUCUCUGAUGCUUGCCAUCAUCUUCUUCAACUUAUGGCCAGGAACGGCUUUGAAACAGCCUAUGAUGAUUCGUCAGUGGGCACCAACAUAACCAGCAUAACGAGGCUGCCACCGUCGUCGUCAAGCUUGACAGCAGGAAGUAGCAGCAGCUUGAUGGAGUACCAAGAUCAAGAGACACGAUGCGAGAAAGUGGAGGCAGCAAGGAAUUGGAAAGCGAAGGUAUGUACAGACAAGUAGACUACUGGCUAUUUCGAUCUCAGUAAUCUGUCCUUAUCUACUUCCAUGAUUUCCAUCCACAAAUGAAAUUUGGGUGAUUUCACUGACUUCGAUUCUCAAAUCUGGCUAGAGGACCAACAUUUUCUCUUCAGUUUGACUGAAACUGAACCAAAGUUUAAGAAAAUUUGGCAAAAUCUUCAUUUUUUUGGUUCAAACUUGUUUUUCUUAACACGCCAAAUUAAUGUUGUGGAGAAACAUAUCGAGUUCAAAGGUAGCUCUUACCUAGCUAUCGUUCUCAUUAGGAGAUCGGAUUAAGUUGACCAGGAUAAAUACUUGUGAGUUCGAAUCAACACAGGUUUGGGAAGCAUGUGAAAGGCAGAUUUGCAAAGGCAGCAACUUCUCCUUCUUCCAUAAGUGCAGUACUGCGUCGCCGCCACUAGUCUAGCUAUGCUAUGACACAAUCAACCCAAGCACAUUGUUUCUUUUUCUUAUUUAUUAUAGAAGACAAUUAUUAGGUAGAAAGAGGCAAGCAAUCUUGCAAAACACAGGUAGAUUAGGUAAACAAGUUGAUGGCCUUAGAUUUGUUUUUUGUUUUGAAGGAAAUAGAUUUGUUUUUUGUGUCUUGCCUAGCUCUUUGUGUAGCUCAUAAUUUAGAAGCUUUCUUCUUUUUUGGAUUUUCUUCUUCUUCGGCUAGAAUCAUCCAGGGGCUUUCUUUUGUAAAUAACAAAUUUGCCAAGACGAGCCUUUCUUUUUGGUUGUUCUUGCUUAUUUCACCUUGCAAUUCAAGCACUCAUUCCACCUGUAUGAUGCAUAGAAUCUUCAUGUGUAUUAUGUCUCUCGAGUAAAUAAAAUAAAAUGAUGGAUGUUUCAGCUGCAAGUGGUAAUCCCAUGAAAGAUGAGCAAUUAAUCGGCUCACAAUAUAAUUUAUCUCCCCAACUCUCAUGUCACUGACAAGUGGAUGAUUCCACUGAUCUGAAGUCACACAAGUCACAUUCACGGUUGCUUCAAGUAGAAAAGAAUCCUUGUCACACAAAGCAGCCUCAAAGUAAACAAAGUAGCUCCUCACCUGCAUAGCACCAAGCCGCCUUGCAAACCACAUUCUGCUCAGCUGGGCAGAGCUCCCAGAGCUUGUAUAUAUAUACAUGCAUCCAUGGCGAUGCACACUUGGUCCCUGUCAAGCUUACGAAGACUGAUGCCAUGAAGAGGCUGGGGGUGCUUGCUGUGGCAUUAUUGCUCCUCAUCGCAUGGCAGCCGAUAAAGAUGGCGGCCGCUCAGUCUCCGGCGCCGCUGCUGCCGCCACCACCGGACGAUCAGGACGACGAUCCACCCGCCCGCAGCCUGCCGCCACCGCCGGCGGACGACCAGGACGACGAUCCACCCAGCUGGCCUGGGCUGCCAUUGCUACCCUCACCACCCACGCCGGUGGAAUCCGCCUCGCCGCCGCCAGAACCUGAAGCGCGGACACCGACAUCACCGCCGCCACCGCCGCCGCCUCACCCGCGCCAUGCGCAGCUGCCGCCGAGGCAGGAUGAUCCCCCGGAAACCGAGCCGGAGCCAACAGAGCCGCCGCCUCGCCAGAGGCAGGCGCCGAGGGAGCCGGCGCCGCCACGGACGGUGGUGCCGCCGCAGGAGCCAGGGUGGGCUGCGGUGCCGCUGCCUCUGCCGCCGAUGCCGCCUCCCAUGGUUCCGUUCAACUACAGCGCCACCGGCUACACGACCAUGCUGGUGUUCGGGGACUCCACGGUGGAUCCCGGGAACAACAACCGGCUGCAGACGGUGAUGAGGGCCAACUUCCUGCCCUACGGCGCGAGCUUCCUCGGCGGCAGGAGGCCUACCGGACGGUUCAGCAACGGCCGCCUCAUCACCGACUUGCUCGCGGAGAAACUAGGUAUAGCGAGGAGCAUUCCGGGUUUCCAUGAGCCAAGGUUGAGGCUAAGGCAGCUCAGAAGGGGUGUGAGCUUUGCAUCAGCGGGCUCCGGAUACGACGAUGCUACUGCCAGGAUAUCAAGUGCACUAUCAUUUUCCAACCAAGUGGAGGACCUAUGGCGGUACAAGAGGAACCUCCAAAGAUUAGUCGGGCCAAGAAGAGCAGAGCAACUUUUCAGGAGAGCAACAUUCAUCAUAAGUGCUGGAACAACUGAUGUGUUCUUCCACUAUCUCGCCACAAAUCACUCAGGAGCAGCAAAUAGUUGGCCUCAAUAUGAGAACCUACUGAUAUCACGCGUCUCUAACUACACCCAGGUGAUGAGAGCACUUGGAGGGAGGAGGUUUGUGUUUGUUGGAGUGCCCCCAGUUGGGUGCUUACCACUUGUCAGGACCCUGCUAGGCACAGGUACAGAGAAAUGCCAUGAGAACAUCAACUUGCUGGCGACUUCGUUCAACCGAGGGCUAGCCGAGGUGGUGCGCCUUCUGAAGAACGAACGGGACACCAGGGCUACGUUUAUCGACAUCUAUACAAUCGUAGCCAUGGCGACAGUCGAUCCCAGAACUUUUGGGUUGACAGAGACAUCAAGAGGCUGCUGUGGAACAGGAGUUAUUGAAGUUGGGCAAACAUGCAGAGGCCGGUUAACAUGCACAGACCCCAGCAGGUACAUGUACUGGGAUGCUGUCCACCAGACUGAGAGAAUGAACCAGAUUAUCACGGAUCACGCGAUUAUGAAUUCGAUUGGAGAAAUCUAUGUCUAGGCCAAGAUUGUGAAUCCGAAUUUACAGCCCGUGAGAAUUUAAUCUAGCAUAUUCAUUGUUUGUAGUGCACAUUCCGUGGCAGUUUAAUGGAACAGAUUGGUUUGUUUUCUCCAGUAUACUC